AGGAGAUGAGAAAAUGGAUGGGGAAAAUGGAAAUACAGAGGUGUUAUUAUGGGAAAGCCGGGUUGGUCUACGCCUCUGCUAUUCCAAUCAAAGCUCUUCUGUUUCUCUCUGUUUUACCUUAUCUCCUCCAUUUUCCUCGCUCUCUACACUUCUUUCUCCUCCUCCAAAUGCCUCUUCCGAUCCUCUCCCUUCGAUCCCAUCCAGUUCCCUCUCUUCUCCUAUCCCUCCUCCUAUGGCGAGCACAAGUACGCCAUUCCCACCCUCCGCUCCUCCUGCUCCACCCCUAUCUUCUUCUCAGAUUAUUGGAUGGUUUUGAAUGAGAUCCAGGUAAUGCUGUGGAAUUCCUCUUGGCGGUCCUCCAAUUUGAGGUAUCUCGCUGGUAAUGCAGAUAGUUUCGGCGGCAAUUUCUCGGCCGAAAAGCGAUUUUCAUAUUUCGAUGAUAAUAUUUCUGUUCCGAUUCCUUGUGGAUUUCUCAAGAAAUUUCCUGUCACUGAUUCUGAUCAAACUGCUAUGGAGAGUUGCAACGGCGUGGUUGUGGUUUCGGCGAUUUUCAACGAUCACGAUAAAAUUCGGCAACCGAGAGGCCUCGGAUCGAAGACUUUGGAUAACGUGUGCUUUUUCAUGUUUGUUGAUGAUACCACGGUGAGAGGACUCGAAAAUCACAAAAUAAUUCCUACAGGAAACUCGUAUCCUGAUAUAAUCGGAGCUUGGAGAAUCGUGAGAGUUUCAACCAAGAAUCUGUACCAAAAUCCUGCCAUGAAUGGCGUAAUACCUAAAUAUUUGGUUCACAGACUAUUUCCAAACUGUAAAUUCAGUAUAUGGGUGGACGCCAAGCUUCAGUUAAUGGUGGAUCCAUUGUUGUUGAUUCAUUCUUUAAUUGUGACUGAGGAUGCAGAUAUGGCCAUUUCCAAACAUCCGUACUAUAUUCACACAAUGGAAGAGGCCAUGGCAACUGCCAGAUGGAAGAAAUGGUGGGAUGUUGAUUCCUUGAAGAACCAAAUGGAAACUUACUGCGAAAAUGGGUUGCAACCAUGGAGUCCCAGUAAGCUUCCAUAUACCACAGAUGUACCAGAUAGUGCCUUAAUCUUGAGGAGACAUGGAAGGGGAAGCAACCUAUUCUCUUGCCUUUUGUUCAACGAAUUGGAAGCUUUCAACCCAAGGGACCAAUUGGCUUUUGCAUUUGUGAGAGAUCAUUUGACCCCAUCCAUCAAAAUCAACAUGUUCGAAGGAGAAGUUUUCGAGCAAGUUGCUUUGGAAUAUAGGCACAAUCUCAAAAUCAAAGCAAAUCGUGGCUCUGAACUGGACCCCCAAAUCUCCAAGCCCAUACGAACUAAAAGGGCCGGCCCUGAUUUGCUGUAUGUCAAUGGCAGUUGUUGCAGCAAGUGUCAGAAAUAUCUUCUCCAGAUGUGGGGUGACGUUUCCUGAUUUUACUUCUUUGUCCUUUUCUUAUGCCACCUGUUGGCUUUUCCCAGGGGACAAUAGCGUCAAAAGUAAAAGCUUGACAGGUCAGCCACACUACCCCUUCUCUUUUCCUUUCUUCUAUUAUGGACGAUACGGCGUCGUCUGGAUGCCAGUGUGACGAGUGUAGGUAAAUAUUGGGUUUAGAAUACUUGCCAAAUGCAUUAUUUCCUUUUAUUAUUAUUAUUAUUGGAAGGUAAAUAUUAUUUAACGAAAAAAAAGAUGAAAUCGUGACAUUACCAAAUAGAUUACGGAAUUUUCUUUCUAAAUAAUAUUUAUAAAUGUUCUUUUUUAUUUUUUGAAAUUUAAAAGACAUUUUUGUUAUUUUCAUGAGGUCGAGAAUCUUAUAUAUGGUGGCGUGGUAUCGUAUUUCUAAUUGGUUGUUAUGGUCACUGGCAAAUUCAAAUUUAUGAAUUCGCCCCGGAAGAACACGAAAUCUCAUAAACUACCCAAAAUCGGACUAUAAAUGCAAAUCCUCGAUCCAACGAAUGUGAAUUACCAAAUCAAGACCCCGGAAAAAUGUCGACGCAACUUGAGACCCACAGAGCAGAUGCCGAGAUCUACCAUGGCGACGCUAUCUGCAAGCAAAAAUCUCAAGAACUUCUCGAUCAAUUCUUUCUUCCCCGAGGACUUCUCCCCUUAAACGACAUCCUCGAGGUCGGCUACAAUCGGACCUCUGGUUUCAUCUGGCUCAAACAGCAGAAGAAAAAGGAGCAUCGAUUCGUCGCCAUCGGACGCACUGUCUUGUACGACACCGAGGUUACCGCCUUUAUCGAGGAGCGCCGCCUCCGCCGCCUCACCGGAGUUAAAAGCAAGGAGUUCUUCUUUUCGAUCACCGUUUCCGAUAUUUAUAUUGAUGUACACAACACGAGUAGGAUCACGUUUGGUACUCUGACUGGAAUUUCAAAGUCUUUCCCGGUCUCUGCGUUUCUGAUUGAAGAAGAAACUGAUCAGAAGAAGUAAAAAUUAUUGGGGAUUGAAGGAAACGAUCGGUGAAUUCUACUAAAUUAUGAGUCAAUUCGGGUAAUUUGAUGAUACAAAUCUAUGUUCGCUUAAAACUAGGGCACAGAUCCCCUGCUUAUUUUAGUUCAAAUAGUAUGAAUUCAGUUGCAGAAAAGUGAAAUUACUCUCUGAAUUAAAUUUCAGUUGUAGAUUUCAUGUACUUUCAUCUUCUAAAUUUGGUGAUCUUGUUGGAUGAUGAACGCUAGUGUUCGAAUC